AUGUCUCCGUCACCUAUGCCGCGAUGGCACGCAGGUCCCCAGGACAUAGACGUGCCACGGAUUGACGAAACCGACGACUUGGGAGAGCUUGUGAGAAAACUUUCCUUUUACAUCGUCGAGGCCAUCACACUCCCCCAUAGCUUCGAAGAGCUCCGCACCGCAGCAUCCGCACGCACCUUGACACCCCUCAUUCUAUAUCUUACCGAAAGCUGUCACCACCGAGCUAUCGUGCACGCACUCUUAGCCUUGAAGGCCCACUUUGCCGCGCUGGAAGAAUCGAGCGACGAACCUGGCGUUAACGAAGCCCGUGGAUAUGCUUGCGAAUACGUAGCCUGGCAAUUCUUGACCAACCUCACCGAGCGCGACACAAUAGAUUUCCUCCUGCAUGAGAUACAGCCGUCCGCAUCGACUCGCGACCGCGAUUCGGAUAUAGGGCGUGAGCAGGAGAAUGGGAUUGCGCCUGUUACUGAAAGAAGCGCACUUCUUGAUGAUGGACGUACCUCUUCAUACUUUGGAACGGAUGGCGUUCAUGGCGGUAUGGCUUCAUCAGGCCAGAUCGACGAAUUCACCGCCCAGUUUGAGAAUUUGAGUGCCUUGGAAAUUGCAGCCGUGUCGGAUAGCAAGAAGUUCCUCAGACAGCGCCCCGUUCAGAAGAUCAUCGACGGUUUGUGGAGGGGUGACAUCGUGUUCUGGGAUACUCUCGGAGUGAACUCAGUGAAGGAGCCAAAGCUCUACAACCGCCGCAGAGCCGAUCCGUUUUGCCGCCUUCGAGUGCCAAGGUAUUUGAAGAUCUAUGAGACUCUCUACUUCGCGAUGUUCCUCAUCCUGUACUAUAUUGUCCUCACCCAUCGGAGUUCCUCUCACGUAACAUCCGCCGAGGCAUUGCUCUAUGUUUGGAUCGCGGGAUUCGCUUACGAUGAGUUCGGAGAGUUUCAUGACGCGGGACAAGUGAGCUUCUAUACGGCCGGGCUUUGGGGAGCGUGGGAUCUGAGCAUCGUCCUGAUUGGCAUCGUGUUCUGUGCACUUCGAAUCGUGGGUCUCUCUACAAAGGGGGAAGCCUCUCGCGGGACCCUAGACCUUGCGUACGACGUUCUCGGCCUAGAAGCUCUUUUCCUCGUGCCUCGCAUUUUUGCGCUACUGAGUCUGAAUCCUUAUUUCGGGACGUUGAUCCCAUGCCUCAAGGAGAUGACGAAAGACUUUGUCAAAUUCUUGUCUCUUGUCGUCAUCCUGUAUCUUGGAUUCCUCACCACGUUUGUGUUACUCGCAAGGGGAACUUACACACCCAGCGAAAUGAGCUGGAUACUCAUCAAGGUCUUUUUUGGUUCUUCGUACUUGGGCUUUGACGUGGCGCAACAGAUAUCUCCAUAUUUUGGUCCGCCCGUCAUGCUCAUCUUUGUGGCGCUAACAAACAUCCUUCUAAUCACUUCGCUGGUUUCGCUGUUAUCCAACAGCUUAAGCAAGGUGCUCGACCAUGCACGUGACGAAUACUUGUUCAUUUAUUCCGUCUACGUACUUGAAGCGUCUUCGUCAAAUCGCUUAACAUAUUACCUUCCACCGUUGAACCUCAUCCCGCUUCUCCUUCGUCCACUCAGGCUAGUACUGCCUUCAGAGAGACUACGGAGUGCUCGCAUUGUCAUCCUCAAAGCAACUCAUCUACCAUUUGUGGGAGCCAUAUGGACUUACGAACAACUAUUCAGUUCCCAGGGGCGUAACUCUGGAGCGUUGUCAAUGACUGGACCCGAAGCCGCAAGGAUAAGAAAAGGGUUCUUUCGGUCAUCUAUCCAGCCUGCUCAAUCAUUAGCUGCAGGCUUUCGGGCUUCUUCGGGCGGAAGCAACGGUUCAUCAGGCAGAGCACCCGAGUUCUGUCCACCCCGGGCUAGAGAUGGACCAACAGACCCCGAUCAGCAACUAAAAAUAUUGGUCUCCAAGCUCAGCAUGCAGGUCGAGGAACUCACGUCCAUCGUGUCACAGCUGCAAGAGCAGCGCGAAGCAACCGUGGCCACUUAA